AUGCUAACUUAUUUUACUAUUGGCCUAAUGCUGAGCGCAUUGGUGUAUUCGGAGAAACCAAAAAUAACCAUAGGUGCAUUCAUCGGUGAUCAGUCAUUGCCAUUCGGAAUACAUCGCAGUGGACCAGCAAUUGAAUUAGGACUUCAGAAGCUGAAAGAACUGGGUGCUGAUGAAUUCGACGUGGAAGUCAUUCGAUACAUUUCUAACUUGGAGUGCGACCCAGACCUAAGUGGUCUUUUCGCAACUGUUGUAGCCGAGAUGUAUCACAGAGGAAACAUAUCGGCAAUAGUUGGACCCAUAUUUGUCAUUGUGUGUAACAAUAUUGCCCUCAGAGAGUUGAUGCUGACAGCGCACUCCAUUGGUAUGACAAAUGGAGAGUAUGUGUUCCUGUAUUUCUUUGCGAUGAAUGGAUUCAUCAACGGCGAAAUAAACUGGAAAAUGGGAGAUGAAAAUGACGAGAUCGUGCGAAAGGCCUUCCAAUCGCUGUUACUCGUUGGUCUCUUUCAAUCGGAAACCAAAGAAUUUGAGGAAUUCAAAUUUGAACUGAAGAGACGAUCUCUGGAAAUGUACAACUACAGUUACGGUGUGAAGGAAGAUGUAAAUCCACAGUCUUUCGCAUUUUAUGUCGCAUUUACAUUGUAUGGAGAAGCUGUAAAGAACAUAAUUCGUGAUGGAAAAGACUUCAGAGAUGGCAAAGAAGUCACUAAAAGUUUAUGGAACAGAACAUUUAAUGUGGUCACCGGAAAGUUGUUCAUUGAUGCCAAAGGUGAUCUACUCGUAGAUAUGAUGAUUCUGGACCUGAAUCCCACAAGUGGCGAAUUUGUUUUGAAAUCCAUGUCGGAUGACAUUAGUCUAACCGGCAGACCAAUGGACUACAGAGUAGCUUCGUACAAGGGAUCAAAAGUUAAUCUUUUCGAAUUCAAGAAAAAGUCAUUUUUAACCAGUCGAAUUCUAUUCCUGGAAUUAUUACAGUUAAGAGACGUAAAUUGUACCAAUUUGACUAAAUUCAUUGGUCUCACAGAGAACGACUCUGAUCAGUUGUUUUCCCUUACUGAAUUCUGCUCACGCGGUGAUUUAAGGGAUAUUCUAACAAAGAAUUCAUUGGACUUGAACAAGGAAUUUCGAAUAUCCUUAAUCAGUGACAUAAUUCAGGCAAUGGAAUAUAUCCACUCUUCUAACAUCUGGUAUCACGGAAACCUAACCAGCAGAUCCUGUGUCAUUGACAGCAGAUUCGUCCUGAAAGUUACCGAUUUUGGAAUACAAUCCUUACGAGAUUUUGAAAUUGAUGAACGCAAUGAAAAGUGUCUCUGGGUUGCUCCUGAGCUUCUUCGAAAAUCGGUAACGAAGACAGACAUCACCGAGAUGCAGUGCGCUGACGUUUACAGUUUUGCUAUAAUACUGUAUGAAGUUCUCUCUCGGAAGGAACCAUUUGAAGAUGAUCGAUAUUUUUUGACAUUAGAUGAGAUUGUAACGAAACUGAAACAUGUGAACCAAACACCAUUCCGCCCACGUAUAGACUUGGUAGAGAUCAACAGAGAUAUAGAAAGACUGAUGAAGAUGUGCUGGGACGAAGACCCCAAAUCAAGACCAACUUUCCAUGUCAUACGAAAGGAAUCAAGAAAACUACGAUGGGAUAGAUCCGGUGACAAAUUACUUGACACACUGCUAUCCCGUAUGGAAGAAUAUGCUGAUAACCUAGAGGGGCUGGUUGAAGAAAGGACACAGAACCUGAUUGAAGAGAAGAGGAGAUCAGAAGAACUACUCCAUGAAGUUCUGCCGAGAAGUGUCGUCGACAAAUUAAAGAGUGGUAGAGUGGUGGAACCGGAAGCUUACACGUGUGUUACGAUUUAUUUCAGUGAUAUUGUUGGGUUUACGGAGAUUUCAUCAGAGAGUACCCCAAUGCAGAUAGUUGACCUGUUAAAUGAUCUGUACACGUGCUUCGACAAAAUCAUCGACAAUUUCGAUGUCUACAAGGUUGAGACUAUAGGCGAUGCAUACAUGGUUGUUUCUGGGCUGCCUGUGAGGAAUGGAGAUCAGCACGUUGUAGAAAUAGCAAAGAUGUCAUGGUCUAUUCUACAGAAAGUGAAUGUUUUCAAAAUUAGACAUAAGCCAAACACUCCUUUGUCUGCGCGGAUCGGAAUCCAUUCUGGACCAGUUUGUGCUGGAGUGGUUGGUUGUAAAAUGCCACGUUACUGCCUGUUUGGUGACACAGUGAAUACAGCGUCACGCAUGGAGUCCAACGGACAAGCAAUGAGAAUCCACUGCAGUGAAAGUACACGCAAUCUACUUGAUGGACAUCAUAAAUGUGUACUGGAAGAUAGAGGGAAUAUACAGAUCAAGGGGAAAGGCGUCAUGAGGACGUAUUGGCUUCGCUGUCAAAUUGAGGACGAUGCCACGAAUGUUUAA